AUGCUGGUGCUGGCGGGCGAGGUCGAGGUCGAGGCCGAGUCGAGGUGGAGCGGGUAUGGAGAUGUUCCUGACGAAGGCACCAGAAAUUUUCGAAGAGGAAGCACCACCUUGGACUUUCUGGCCCAGGCUCUGUGGCUCUGCAGGGAACGAAUGACAGCACGGUGCACGGUGCCUCUACAAGCUCUGGCUGCUAGGUCUAAGACUCAACAUUAA